UUUUAACACACUUAACUUGCAAGUAAGAAAAAAAAGAAAAUAGAAAUAGUGUUGUUGACGAGUAGAACGCCAUUAGCCGGCGUCAAAUUAUCCGGUGGCCGUGAGCAAGGCAUAUGUGGGGUGGGGUAACAACAGCUAGCUAGAUCCGUAACGACGAGUGAUGGAGAAGAUGAAUCAGGCUUAUGAGAAGGUGAAGAUUCUGGUUGGUAUGGAUGUCGAAGAUCAACCGCCUCAAGAUGAGACUUCUUUCGCAUUCAUGGAUGAUUUUAACGGCAAUUGCACGCUUUCUACCAAGCAGAGGCUUUAUGGGUUUGCAAUAUGCUUGGCUUCUGGUUUGACAUUUACCCUCCUAUCGAUGCUUGUUUUCUUCAAGCCAAUCAAAUUUGGAAUAACUUUCACAUUUGGCAAUUUAAUGUCACUUGGGAGCACAGCAUUUCUCAUAGGCCCUAAAAGACAAUUUUCUAUGAUGAUGGACCCGGUUCGCAUCUAUGCAACUGCAACGUACAUUGCAAGCAUGAUAGUAGCGCUCUUUUGUGCUCUCUAUGUUCACAACAAGCUGUUAACGCUUUUGGCCAUCAUCUUGGAGUUUGGAGCACUUAUUUGGUAUAGCUUAAGCUACAUUCCUUUUGCGAGAUCAAUGGUUUCCAAGGUCAUGUUGACUUGCUUUGACACGGAGUUUUGAGAGAAAGAUGUAACUGAAAUCUGAUAGAUCUUAAUUUGUUUUUUUAUAACAUUGGGAGAAGGCUAUAAAGAUUUCAGAUUAAAUGCAAGACAAAGAAUUUAUAUCAUCUGC